GAUGGGCUACCUGGUGUAAAUGACCUCAUAAAGCCUCUGCCACCCUGAAGUUCUGGGACUUACUGAUUUAUGACUUGGGUUUGGUCCUCAGAGGCUCAUGGGUAGAGAAAACCAGACAUGGAUGUGUGAAUUCAUUCUGCUCAGAUUGUCCAGUGCCUGGGAGACUCAGGUCUUCCUCUUUGUCCUGUUCCUGGCCAUGUAUCUGGUGACUGUGCUGGGGAACUUCCUCAUCCUCCUCCUUAUCAGGCUGGACAGCAGGCUCAAUACACCCAUGUACUUCUUCCUUGGUGUCCUGUCAUUUGUGGACAUCUGUUAUACCAAUAGCACUGUCCCACAGAUGCUUGUUCACUUUCUUUCAGCCUGGAAGUCCAUACCAUGCCACAGCUGUGUGCUCCAGCUGUGUGUCUCCUUGGCAAUGGGCAGCAUGGAGUUCUUCCGGCUGGGGGCCAUGGCCUAUGACUGCUAUGUGGCCGUGUGCCACCCACUGCACUACACGCUCAUCAUGCAUGGAGGGCUGUGCCUGGGGCUGGUGGCCGGCUGCCUGGUGGCUGGCUUCUCAAAUUCACUGACGGAAACAAUGAUCACCUUCCAGCUUCCCCUGUGUCACAGUGUUAUUAAUUACUUUGGCUGUGAGAACUUAGCAGUGCUAUGGCUAGCCUGUGUGGACGUCUCCUUCAACAAGGCCAUGGUGGCCAUCUCAGGGUUUCUGGUGAUCCUGCUUCCCUGUUCACUGGUCCUAUUCUCCUAUGCUCGCAUAGUUGCUACCAUUCUUCGCAUUCCUUCUGCUCAGGGGCGCCGCAAAGCCUUUGGGAUCUGCGCCUCUCACCUCACUGUGGUUUGCAUGUGCUUUGGGGCUACAAUGUUCACCUACAUGAGACCUGUGGGUGGCUCCUCCGUGGAACAGGAGAAGAUGAUUGCCCUCUUUUAUGCUGUCGUGACUCCAAUGCUUAAUCCCUUAAUCUACAGCCUGAGGAACAACGACGUGCGGAGUGUCUUACAAAGAGUGUUGCAAAAAUUUAGUGAAAAAGGAUGA